GAUCAUCAUCUUCGUCAUCUUCAUCAUCUUUCUUCUCACUAAUUACACCUUUCUUUAGCAGUAGCACCUCUUGUGUCUUAGUGGUGAAAUCAUCUUUUCCUCAAAGAUCUUGGAAGCCAACCACUCUAUCAAAUGCAAUUCCCUUUCUGCAGGGUAGCAUCCCAUGUUGUCAAUUUGAAUAUGAUUAACGAAACAGGGAAUUCAACUGCUGCUUUAGUAGUUAAUACUUGGGUUGAAAGAGGAAAUAGAAAACAAACUCAGGAAUGUGAUAACCAUGAUAAUUAGAAAACAAACUCUGAAAUGUCUUCUCAGAAUUCUUGUCAUCCCUCUCCUGGAGGGAACAAUGCCACAAUGUAGAUAGGCAUUUUAAUAUAUUCAGGAAGGCAUG